AUGGUAAUUCACGCAAAGCGUAUGGAGUAUUCGUACGGGGAACCCGUAUCUCUUCUUUGCAAAAAAAAAACUCUCAACGGUAGCCUCGGCCAUUUUGCGUUUGCUCUCUGGGCCUGGACCACCAAGACAUGGCCGUUCGGCUUCAUAAUUUUGGUUCCAUUGCCCGUUUUCUACGGAGCACGGAGCCAAGAACUGGGGGUUACGUCGGCUUCGCCUAUCCCUCAACCGCAGUCUCAGUCUGUACUUGUAUGUAGGUCUCCCGAGUGGCCCCCGGUCAUCUCGCCAUUUCGCGCUUAUUCCCUCGUCCAUCGACUCCAUUGGCCUUGCGGGAAAAAUGAAGCAGACCAGACCCGUCACCGUCAUCGUGAUCGUGGUGCCGGCUAUCCUUUUCACCUGCUUGGCCCCAUGGCCGUUUCCCCCGUUUCAUCCCAUCAACAUCCAAUCACUCGACGCGCUUGUUGCCCAUCCACAGUUGACCCCUUCCUCCGUCCCAUCUCGUGCCCCAUUUCGUCCGCUGGUCGCUCCAUCAGUCCAUCUGCUUUCGACAGACGUCGGGCGCUGGUCGCUGGCGCCGGUCUGACUAAUGACUGGACAAGACAUUUGUUGCUAUCUCAUAUCUCCGUCAACAACAUGCGAGACAGGGCUCCGUUUAUACAAUCAACAAGUAGCAUAGUCUCCGCACAUGGCCUCUUUAGGAUCUGCUCUGAACCAAAGCGUCAAUGGAUGGAGUACAGAGCACCGGUUGGGCUCAUCCGUGCACCCAGUACCUAUUCAAGCCCUCGCUCUCUCGCGCUCACAACUCAUCUUUGGGCUAUGGCGCCUUCCGUUCCCAAUAGAUCCCUUGCUAUUUCGGCCAUCUCUCCGUCUCACCGUCCGUUUCGCUUCCCACUUAGCUUCGCUGGCUCCGCAAAAAGUGCCAAAUGCCAGGAAGUCCCUGGCUCGCCGCUCGUGCGAGCUUACAGAGCUCUUACAGAGCAAAGGGAGCGAGCGCUGCCAAUACCGUUGCCGCCGCCGCCACGUCGCGCCGCGCCACUCGCGGCUCGCACCUCCUUGCAGUUUUCACGUUCCAUGGGGCAUGGCCGCAUGGGUGGUGACAGAGCAGUGGAAAGCGAAUCCGUGUUCUCUCAGAGUUCCAUGAAUCCUCAUCCGUCGACUGAUCCGAAGCCCGAAUCACAGCACGGCGGCCGACUGCUCAUGUACGCAUACUCGAUGGUUGAGGCGAAGCAGCCCCAACACCGGCCGAGUCUCUGCUUCGGUACCGCUGUGGAUCAUGACAAUGGGUUUGACGGGCCGAGGCCAUCUUCAGGAUGCCGUAUCCAAUGUUUCCUUCUCCAUGUCCAUCUCACUGGAAAUAUUCUUUCCCCGGCCGAUCUUGUGCUUGGCACCCAACCCACUAGACGAAGCUGGCCGGGAAGCUUUGUUCACCGUGGGAAGAAUACUGGUGCGGCGGAUCAGCAAUCAGAAUACCUAGCCAUGCUAUGGCUCGAGUGUCUGAUCAACAUGCGUGCUAGUAGUAUGCGGCAUUGGACUUUCCGAUUCACCGUCGUCACGUCUCACUCUCAGUUUGACUUACGGGGAGACGGGGAGUCUUACAUAUGCCGUCAUACUGUUCCUUCAGACAAUGCCAAAUAG